AUGCACCGCGCUCUUGCCAUCUUGUCGAGUGGUUCGAAGAGCGGCAGGCAGCAGUUAGCUGUCUGUUAGCUUACUGUGGUAAAGUAGUGCUCUGUCAGCUAGCUUCAGCAGUUAGCUCUCUGUUAGCUUCCUGUGGUAAAGUAGUGAUCUGUCAGCUAGCUUCAGCAGUUAGCUCUCUGUUAGCUUCCUGUGGUAAAGUAGUGAUCUGUCAGCUAGCUUCAACAGUUAGCUCUCUGUUAGCUUACUGUGGUAAAGUAGUGAUCUGUCAGCUAGCUUCAGGAGCAGCUGCCCAAAGUGAGCUGUCCCCACGACGAGAGGAAAAACUUCACCCACUUCAGGACGUGUCCUCCGGAUCCCGCUGGAUUAUGUGUUCCCUCUGGAGACCUUCUGGAUUUGUUUACAUCAAGAUGUCGCACAUGUUGGUCCCGAGGCAGGGAGGACUAGCUACCAUCCGCUAACUCAGCUAGUCGGAGGGAAACACAUCCAGAGACCGGGCCCUCCUCAGACUAAAGUCCCGGGACCAGCUGCUGAACAAGAACUCUGACAAGGGCCUGUGAGGAACUCCGCUGCCGGGGCACCAGAGAGGCCGACCGGGGUCCAGAGAGGCCGGGUCAGUCUCGGAGGGUCUCCCCCCUGGCUGGGACUCUGUUCUCCGCCCAGAGAGAGGAAGAGGAGCGGUAUGGAGAUCUCCUGUGACGGUUCGGUUUUGUGUCAGUCCCCUCUGGUGUGAAAGACUUCAGGACAUCAGUCCAGGACUUUGCUUUCAUACAGACUCUCCGACAUCAUGUCCAAAAUGCCAGCGAAGAAGAAGAGCUGCUUUCAGAUCACCAGCGUCACGCAGGCUCAGGUCGCUGCCUGCAGCAUCACGGACGACACGGAGAGCCUGGACGACCCGGACGAGUCCCGGACCGAGGACGUGUCCUCAGAGAUCUUUGAUGUGUCUCGGGCAGACCUGGGGGGGUGUGAGAGGAGUUCAUCCGAGGAAACUUUGAACAUCGUGGAGCCUCAGGAGGGCCAGCAGGUCUCAGGUCCUGUAAACGGGGGCCCCUGUUAUAAAGGUGUCAGCACUGGUCGAGCUGCCCCUCAUACUUUAGGAAACGUGCCUGUACCAGCUCCAGCUCAGCCCGGGGCUCCCAGCUCAUCCUCCCCUGCUGCCCCGGUGAGCACCAGCUGUAGUUCCCGGUUUAGGGUCAUCAAACUGGACCACGGGUCCGGAGAGCCCUUCAGACGGGGCAGGUGGACCUGCACUGAGUUUUAUGAGAGAGAUUCUGAUUCAAGUAGAACUGUUGACAGCAUUAAGCCCACUGUGACCCCGGAUCACAGUAUAGACCGGGACAGUGGGCUGGGGGCCACGAGUAACUCUGUGAUCACGAGUAGUGCUUUUUCUGUCCACGCUUCAGAACCCACAGCAGACAGUGGGUACUCCACGGGGCACCACGCACACCCCCAUCCUCCAGAGUCCCUGCAGCAGGGUUACAGCCUGGCCUCUCAGAUAGGGAGCGGGGCAAGUGCCUUCAAGCCCACCGGGUUCACAACAACAGCAUCACAGCAACAGGCUCACGUUAAUGUUCAGCCCGUUGCUCCUCAGACCUUCCUCUCCAAUAACAUGAACGGUUUGCAUCAAGUCCCCCUACAGCAGAAGUCUCCCAUCAUGCCCUCACAGCAGUUUGCCUACUCCCCUCACCCCACCGGCCUCUCCGCUGGUCAGCCAGACUAUCAUCAGCAGCACUUUGGUUCAAGCACUCAGAACCUUCUCAUGUCGGCCCUCGCUGUGGGGCAUCCGACCAGCCAGGUACCCCUUAUUACCCCCGCUGGUCCAGGAUCCCAGGGGCUGGGUGGAGAGGCGGCCUCAGCCCAGGGUCUCCUGCUACAAGGAGGGAAUGCAGCAGCCAUGAACCCUGCUCUUUCAGGAAACGGGCCCCAGCAGCAUGUCAGCCAGACUCAGCCUUCAGGUGGGAUCGCCCCUGCACCGUCUGCCACCACCGCCCCCUCCCACAGUGUUGUUCAGAAUGCGCCCGCCACAGUGCCGAGUACUACCAACACCCCCCCAGGUGUGCCAAGUCCAGCUCUGAGCAUAGGAGGACUUGUCCAGCUCCAGGGGGCCCACGGAGGAGCUUCACCAGGCCUACUCUCUGGCUUCAACCACCAGCUAGAAGACGGCAGGCAGAAGUUUGACCCCCUAUUUCAGCCCGGUGCCAUCAUGCUGCCAGGGAAGGAUGGUCUAAGGCCUUUCAUCGGUGAGGGCCUCGGCUUGCCCUCUCCUGCUGUCAACAGCCUCUUUGGGAUCCACAUCACCAUGAACGUGGACGAGGACAGCGCGUCUGGAGCCAGCGUGGUCGCCAUCGAUAACAAGAUUGAGCAGGCCAUGGACUUGGUGAAGAGUCAUCUGAUGUAUGCGGUCCGUGAAGAGGUGGAGGUGUUGAAGGAGCACAUCAAAGAGCUGUACGAGAGGAACUCUCUGCUGGAGCGAGAGAACGCCGUGCUGAAGUCGCUCGCCAACACGGAUCAGCUCGGCCAGCUGUCCAAUCAGCUCGUCCAGGGCAGCAGCAGCAGCAGCAGCAGUAGCAGCAGCUCGUCGCCUCCACUUCAACAACAACAACAACAACUUCAGCAACAACAGCAACAACAGCAACAACAGCAGCAACAACAGCAGCAACAACAACAACAGCAGCAGCAGCAGCAGCAGCAGCUCGUCACAAACAACAACAACAACAACAUCACUCCCUCGGGUCACCAGGAGGGGAGUCAGAGCGUCCCCCCUCAGCCCAACAUCACCUCAGCGUGAUUCUCCCUCUCUCACCUGAACUCACGUACAGACACGCCCCCUCGGACACGCCCCCUCAGACAGGAACUUCCUGUUAGUAAAGACAACAACGCCCCUCAGCUCCAUCACGCCAAACGCCUCUGCGCUCUUUACGCUCCAUUUAAGGAAAAAUCAACAUCCCGGUUCGCCGCAGAGAGCCAUGCUUCAGUGUGUGCAUGCCGCCAUCACCGGGCCGAUAGAGACCGCCCCUGAAGGUCUUACUCUGCCCCUGUGGAUGGAAAGAGGAGGGGCGGAGGAGUCGGCGCACACCGUGAAGACUGCAUGCUGUUCUCGUGCGCGAGGGGGUCAAAGGGCAUGGGGAGCUCACUUUGUCGGGGCGGGGCAGAAGAGGGAGGUGCAAAGCCCAUGAGGUGUGGAGGGUCCUGUAAGAUCCAGCCAGGACCGUCCGUGUCCCCCCGACCCUGCAGGACUCUCUGCUACAGAGAGGGGGAGUGAGGGCGAGGAGGGGCGGAUGGGUCGCCCUCCCCGAGCGGGAGGAGGACGCCAGCGCAGCGAGUCCGGGGCUUCUUAUUGGCUGCAACAGAAGCUUGUUUGUUUCCUCCUCGCCGCCUCGCGUCGGCUCGUCAUCAGUUUUAGUAUUUGAGUUUAUUUAUUUCAGGGCUGCUACUCUCACCGUGUAAAUGAACCAUGUGAUGGAGAGAUCAUUAAAAACACAGAAACAAA